AUGUUAUCGUUGAAAAAUUAUUUUGUCAAUUUAAAUAUAUUUGAAUCAUCGACUGAUUCAACAGUAACAGAUGAAGAAAAAGAACAUCAACGUCGAUCAAAUAUUAUUUCAACUCGAAUCUUUUUCAUUGUUUUAAUCAUCGUUCUAUUUGGACUCGCUAUUAUUAUGAAAUCAAGAAGUCGAAAUACACUUAUAACAGUUGAAAAUCCAAGUGAAGAUCAAUUCAUAAAUUUACCAUCUGAUGCUCAUUGUCCAUGUUCUCGUAUAUCAUUAACCUAUGGUGAAUUUAUUUCAAUUCAAACUCAAUUUCAUCAGAUAUGUUCAAGUGAUUUUAUAUCUGAUCGAUGGAUUAAAACAAUUAAUUUUGGUUCAAAUACAACGUAUUUUUCCGCUUUUGACUUUCGAACAGAAGGGAGUGCAAUAUUUCAAUCACUUGAGAGUUUUUGUCGACUUUCAAAAGAUUAUGCUAUUCAAAGUAUUGAUUCAUUUAAUAAAGAUUUAUUUAUAAGUCAAGAAGUUUUAAAAGAAUCUGUAUUUCAAUCCCAAGCAAAUGCCACUAUUCAUCAAUUUCAAUUAUCAUCACCUAUUGGAUUCUCGACACAAUUAGAAUUAAUACGAAAAAUGAUAGCCGGAAAUCGUUUUCUAUCUGCUCUUCAAACAAAUUAUAUGCAAUAUUAUGCAACUCCAUAUAUCAAUGUAGUUCAAAUUACGGUACACAAUCAAAUUCUAAUGGAUCCAGAGUAUUCCUCAUUCUGUUCUUGUCGAAUCCAUAUUGAUUGUAAUAUGCCAUCAAUGAUAUUUAAUGAAUUCAGACCUAGUAUUGAGUAUAUGCCGCCUUAUGAUAAAAUAUUAAUGAAAAUUCCUGGAAUGGUGCAUGGCUGUUUACCAGUAAAUACAAUUCUUCUCUCAACAUUAGAAUGUUUUUACAAUCAAACAUGUUUAAAUAGUCUUCUUUCAUCAUUAUCUACGAAUGAACCUUUUACAGCAAUGUCACAAUUCGAGCAAAGCCGUUAUGAGUUAAAUUCAACAAUGCAAACAAUUAUUGAUAAUUUAAUGAUUGAAGAAUGGGUGAUUGAUAUUUCUUAUAAGAAAUAUUAUAAACAAUGUGCUCCACUUUUAUGUACUUAUUUUAAGAAUGAAAAAUAUGAUUGGAGAUUUGUACUGAUACAAUUAAUUGGUUUAUUAGGAUGUUUAACAACAUUAUGUAGUUUUAUUAUAGAAAAUAUAGUGAAAUUCAUUCGACGACGACCAUCUCAAAAUAUAGAAUCAAUAUCUUGUAAGUUUACUUGUUUGAUUUAUUAA